AUGGAUUACUCUACAGGCAGGUACAGCGAUAUAUGGUCGUAUUCGCACACAAGUUCAACAUCCAAAGACUGGUCACGAUUAGCCGCUGAUGGUGUCAGUAGCAGGUUCUACACUGAACAGUUUAGCCAAAACAUUAGAAGCAUUGAGGAUGCAUUGCAGGACUUGACUUCAGUCAUACACCGUAGCGAUUACGAUACAUCUUCGUCUGAAUUUUCUAGCGAAGCCGAUUUUGUUAUUUCUAGUGCCCCCCCAGGAGACACAUCGAUGGCUGUUACAAGUGAUAACCCUCCUGCUACAGAGGGCUCGGAGCAGAUAUCUGUAUCCCAGCCUAGAAAAUUCGCUGAUGCAUAUCCAAUAUACCAUAACAUUUCGACUACUUCCACCACCACACAGGUUAUUGUGCCUGAAAGUUCAAGAUUUUUUGUUAUUAAAUCUUUUAAUCUGGAAAAUAUAAAAGCAUCGUUCCAGCAUAGCGUUUGGACAUCUACUAAGAGGGGUAACAAACGGCUAUCGAAGGCCUAUAAUGCAUUACAAUCUGGAGCCAAGAUCUUCCUUUUCUUUAGUGUUAACAAGUCCGGCAAGUUUUGCGGGGUUGCGGAAAUGAAAUCGAACAUUAUUCAAAGUGAUCCGCGUAACAAUAUAUGGCAAUGCGAAUCAGGUCAUCAGUUUAAUGAUUUAUUCAUAGUUGAUUGGCUUAGGGUUUGUGAUGUUCACAAUCGGUUGUUAAAGCACUUUAACAUAAUGGAUUCUGAGGGUGGCUUCAAACCGAUGACACAUGCACGUGAUGCAGACGAAGUUGACAUUGAAAUUGGAAGAACCAUUUUAAAGCUAUUCCUUAAUACAAAGAAAAACCGGCCAUCUUUUCUAGAAGAUUAA